GUCGCGCUCAACUCCACCGCCGGCCUGGCGCGCCUCGCGAACGCGUCGCAUCCCGCCGCGUUUCAUCACAUCGCGACGCACCUCGAGACGCAGCGGAACCAGGCGUUCUGCAGCGCGGCGACGUCGGUCACGAUCCUCAACGCGCUCGCCGGCGCGGGCGUGGACGCGCCCGUGGACGGGUUCUACGCGCCCUACGCGUACUACACGCAGCGCGCGCUGUUCGAGAACGCGUGCGUGCGGCGCGCGAAGACGCACGUCUAUCGCGUCAACAUGUCGCCGAAAUUCCUCGCGCGCGGCGGCGCGACGCUCGAGGAGUGGGCGCUGUAUCUCUCCUGCUUCGUCGGGCAAGCGGGCGUCGCGCGACAUCACGCGGACGCGAACGAGAACGACGCGAACGCGUUUCGCGUCGUCGUCAAGGCGACGCUCGCGGACGCGCCGAACGCGUUCAUUGGGGUGAACUUUCGUCGCGUCGAGAUCGGGGAGGCGGGCGGCGGGCACAUGAGGCGCGUUCGUAUUCACGCCGGUCCCCGUACGACCGCUCCGAUCGGCGCGUACGACGACGCCGCGGACGCGAUCCUCGUCAUGGACGUGUCGAGGUACAAGUACCCGCCGGUGUGGACGCCACUGCGCGCGCUGCACGACGCGAUGCUCGCGGUGGACGAGGCGAGCGGGAAGUCGCGCGGAUGGGUCGUCGUU